GUUAUCAGUGGGAAGGAAUCAAAAACAUUGAAAACCCUGUCUACACGUACGCACAUACCACAUCUACAGUCAGCUAUUCCACGUGAUGAUAGAAUGAGAGACAGAAGAAGAAAUCAAUAUAUGAACCAAUGAAACGAACUUCUUCAAUGAAAAAUUUUAUUUCUAUUCAUAAUUAUAAAAAGUAGACAUUAAUCGACACUGUAAAAAUACGCUAGAAAUAAUCGUCUACUAACUGAAAUUAAGAUUAUUCAUAUUGAGAAAAUCAGUCAAAAAUAAAAGGGGAUUAUUUCUUAUCAUCAUUAUUAUCUGUAUAUGUAUCCUUUGGAUUAAAUAUGUCAUCUGAAGAAUUGAAACAAUCAUUUCUAGCAUUUUGUAAUUUUGUCAAGAAGGGUUCUACAACAGCUACCGACAAGACAUUAAAGAAAAUAUGUACAGACUGUCAAAUUUACUCAAAAAAAUUGGAUGCUAAUCGGGUGGAUAUUGAAUUUCGUGCACAUAUUGGUAGUACAAAAAGGGAUGUUGACUUCCCAGGGUUCUUAAGUUUUCUUGAAGGUAGACUGGCCAAAGUGUAUGCAGCUGCAAAUGGUCUAGAACAGGAAGAAGCAAUAGCUCAACUUAAACAAAAAAUUGCUGAAACGUCACCAGCAAUUCAUGGUGGUACUAAAAUCAGUUCUGAUCCAACUAUAUCAAGAUUAACAGAUGUAAAGUCAUUCACUGGUUCACAUAAAGAACGUUUCGAUGCAGAGACAGGUAAAGGUCUAGGUAAAGCUGGUCGAGCUGAUCCAGAACCAUUUUUUACAACUAGUGGAAUUUCAGCUCCAAGAAAAUAAAUCUUCAGAAAUAACAAGAUAAACUUCCUUGAUUUUACUCUUCAUAAAUGAUCAUCAAAUCUGUACAGAAAUCUUUAUAUUCAAGAUGAGUGCAGCUAACUAUAUAAAUGCAUAAUCUGUUCAUUUGUUUCACCUAUAUUGGAAUUAUUAUAUGUAAAAUUGAUUUCCUAUUGAACAUUGAAUACCAUGAAUUUCUCUAUAACUCGACUUGUUUUAAUGAAUAUAUAUAUGUACUUAUUUAAAAAAAAUCAUGUUUUUAGAUGUUGUUUGGUAAAAUAAUCUAUAAAAAGAGUUUAAACUUCAUUCCUUUAUAAAGUCAUUUGUGUAGCG